GGAUGGCAGAGAACCCCCCACCCAAGCCGGCCCCCGCCAAGCCUCUCACGGACCUGGACUUCCAUUCCGGGGUGCAUAUCGCGGAGCUCAACCAACUCAUCCAGGAGUACCAAGCCCGGACCCCCGAGAUCAGGGGAGACCCUGAAUUGUUCCAAGCCAAAGAUCUGAUUUUCUCGCUGCUAGGCCAGGUCCAACAAUCCGAUGGGAAAUUGCCCCCGGUCAACCGCUACUUCCUUCUCUCCGGUGGGACCCAGCAGGGCACCGUCCACGUGGAUGGUACCACCCUGUGUCCCCUUUUUCCCGGCGGCGACUACGAUACCAGUUUCACGCUCCUGGUGCCGGUUCUGAACGCGGCCGGCGUGCCCAUCACGUUGGACAUGACGCAGAGCCCCCCUGGGCACACCCGGAUCAGCCUCCAGCCUUUCGAUGCCCCCACCCUGCAACGCUGGUCCGAGUGCAGCUCCGGGGACGAAACGUUCCUCUCCGCAGCGCUAGUGUCCGAGUGGUUUUUCCGGGCGUUGUCCGCGGCGGCGAACAACCUUCGUGUCGAGCUCCGAGGACGCGUCACCUCCGUGAUCGUCUGCGUCGGAUCCCACCGGGUCCUCUAUGACAUCGUCCCGGUGGUCGCCUUUCGGGGGUGGCCCGAGGUGGCCCAGCCGUGGCUGCACCAGGGACAUUUCUGGGAUGGCAAAUUACGGGACGAAGACGUGACCGCCAGUUUCUACCUCUUCCCGUCCACUUCUGGCUCGGAUUGGUACCUCGCUUUCUCGGCUAGCGAGCUGCACUUGAGGCGCAUCCUUCCUCCGCCCCUGUGGUGGUCCUUGCGAGCCACCAUGGCCGCUCUCCCCUGGAGCGACCUGGAGGGCCUGGGGCCGUACCACCUCUUCACCCUGGCCUUGUGGUCCUGUGAACGGCUGCCCAGCCGCUACCUGGCCGAGGAGGAGAAUGCCGCGCACGCCCUCCUGGGGGUCCUGGAUGAUCUGUCGGGCAGCCUGGCUAAGGGACACCUCCCCAAUUAUUUCCUACCCCAGUGGAACCUCCUGCAAGGCUUCUCGCCUCGAGUCAUGAGGAUCCUGGUCCGGGCCGUGGCCCAGGUGAGGGCCAACCCCUCCACGUACCUCCGCCAGGCCGUAGAAGCGGCUAAGGAAGUUAAACGGCGGGCCAAGGCAUAUCGGCGCCAGCUGUUGACCCCUACGGACCCAUAGCCAUGCGGCUGGUUCAACAGGGACGUAUCCUGAAGCAGCUCAUCUUGGAUUCUUUGGGUAGAAGGGAGGCUGGGUGGAUGCGUGCCACGGGCAGGGUGCCAGCCGUCAACACAGGACCACACUCCGCGGGCGGAGAUCGAAAGGACCACAGCAGCCCCCGCCCACUGGCUCACCUCUGAGAUCAUCCCAGAAUGCGACCUCCAGCUGGCGGGUGGCUGAUGGGCAGGUGGGCCUCGACUCACGAUCGCCAUUGAGGCCCCGAAUUUCCGUCGCUAAGCGAGACGGCUGUCGAGUCGGUUUUGCUCCAUUUUUACGACCUUUCUUGCCAAAGUUGUCGAGCGAAUCACCGUAGUUGGUAAGUGAAUCGAGCUUCCUCGUUGACAUCGAUUGUCGGAAGGUCGCAAAACAGGGGAAUCAUGUCAUCCCCAGGACACCACGGCCGUCAUGAGUACGAGUCAGUGGCCAAGCGUCUGUAUUUUGAAC